GCCAUUUUCACUUCUGCUCCGAUAUUAUCCCAGCGCCCUUGCAACACGGAGGAAAAUGGACGCACUUCUCUAUGCCGACUUCCUCCGCGUCGCCCGCCUCCCCUCCACAACCACUGCCUCCGCCUCCCUCGCCUCUCUUCAGCUCCCCUGCCAGCUCAUCUUUCGUCCUGCGCGCCGCCUCUCUCUCUUCUCCUCCGUGUCCGCCGCCAGCCAAGUUUCUGGUCCUCGCAGAUCCUGCAUUUUUGCAGCCAACGGCACGCUCACGGCCAAUUCCGUACCGCCUAAAGGAGGAGUAUAUACAGUGGGAGAUUUUAUGACAAGGAAAGAGAAUUUGCAUGUUGUAAAGCCUACAACAACUGUUGAUGAAGCACUUGAAACUCUUGUGGAAAACAGAAUCACCGGUUUUCCUGUGAUUGAUGAUGAUUGGAAAUUGGUUGGUCUUGUUUCUGAUUAUGACUUGUUAGCGCUUGACUCUAUAUCUGGUCAAGGACUAGCUGACAACAUCAUGUUUCCUGAAGUUGAUCGCACUUGGAAAACUUUCAAUGAGGUACAGAAGUUGCUCAGUAAAACCAAUGGCCAGGUGGUUGGUGAUUUAAUGACACCAGCACCAGUUGUUGUGCGUGAAACAACCAAUCUUGAGGAUGCUGCUAGAUUAUUGCUUGAGACAAAAUAUCGCAGGCUUCCAGUUGUUGAUGUUGAUGGGAAGCUAGUUGGUAUUAUCACAAGGGGAAAUGUGGUAGGAGCUGCUCUCCAAAUAAAGCGUGCUAUUGAAGGGAAAGCUUAACUCCAUAUAUUAUUCCAAAAAUUUGAAAGCAUUAUCCGCUAUGGCAAGCGGGGAUCAAUUCUUUUUCUGGCUGCUUAUCCCUUAGAAAGAGAAGCUCAACUACUCGGACAUGUGCGAUUUUGGCCAGAUAUUGUAUGAUGCGUCUUUUAGAUCAUUUAUUCAAGUAUAAUUAUACAACUAGAUUUCCGGAAAACAGUAGUUUUUUGUCCGUACCUCUGUUUUGCAAGAACUCCCCUUGAAGUCUGCCUUCUCUCCACCAGGAAUAGAAACUAUACAAAUAAUAAUCUAUCUGUGAUAAUCUCUUUUUCGCCUUUUAACUGGUCAAU